AUGACCACAAACCCCCUCGCCUACCGCACCGCCCAAGCCAUCGGCUUCACCGGCGCCGCCUGGCUAUCCGGCACCAUCGCCUCCCAAAGCCUGAUCACCAUCCCCGCCCUCCUGUCUCCGGACCCUGACCCUGACCCAACCCACCAGAUCCCCCGGACCUCACCUACAGCCCUGAAGAUCUGGAAAAGAAUCUCCACCGCCAGCACAACCCAAAACGCACCGGUCGCCGCGGGCACGGCCGCCGCGUUCGUCUACCUCGCUUGGACGGUGGCGCGGGCUGUCGAGCCGCCGCAGCUGCUGCAGUUCCUCAGUAGCAGCAGCAGUAGUAGCUAUGCCAGUCCCGGGCGGUGGUAUGCGGCUGCAGCGGUGUUGACGGUGGGGGUUGUCCCGUUUACGGGGGUGGUGAUGCGGGGGACGGAUUGUGAGCUUAUGCGAUUGGUGGGGGAGGGGGAGGGGACGGCGGCGGCGGAGGAGAAGGCGGAGGAGGAGGCGGAGAGGACCAGCGGGCUGUUGAAGCGGUGGGCGGUGCUGAAUGCGGUGCGGAGUCUGUUGCCGCUGGUUGGCGGGUUGUGCGGGUUUGCAGCCGCAGUGAUUUGA